AUGGCUAAAUCUUGGCCCUACUUCUCUUUUUACUGCCAAGCUAAUGUAAUGGGUUUUGGUCGGCUUAUUGAGUAUUUGAAGGAGCGUCUCGAUCCACCGCAAGUGACGGCCGCCAGUGUGCUUCAUUCUGUUCAGAAAGUGGCGGUCCUCAUCUCUGGUUGGUGGGUAGUAAAAAGGAUGCCAAAAUUUUACGUAAUUUUGUUCGGUCUAUUACGUUACCGAUAUUCUCAAUGCAAGCGCUGUCUCAUCAGAUGA